GGGUCCACCCCUGGCCAGAGGCGACGGUAGCGGCGGCGCCGAGCCCCAAGCCUGGGCAUGGAGGCGGCCGGGACGGCCGGCGGCUCGCCCUCCGCCUCUUCUUCCUCCUCAUCUGCCGUUACCACCGCGGCUUCCUCCGGAAUUUCGGGCGGCGCCGAGCCCGAGAGGGGGUCACUGCCUCCCUUGGGCCGCCGGCACAGCAACAAGCGCUUCACCGGCCUCAAGCUCUUCGGGCGCAGACUCCACCUGCCCCACAAAAGUGUCUUCCCUUGUCUCUGGGGCUACCAGCCCAGCCGAUGGGGAUCCAGGAGGAUAAAGCACCGGCCAGCGGUGUAUAAGAAAGCUAUUGCGAAGUCCAGUCUCCAGCAUAUGGUAGCCCAGCCAAACCCUGCACUAGCCCUGAGGAGCGACUCAGAGAGGCAGAUAUGCAGCACUGUGGACUGGAGUGAGACCGCAGUCUAUGGGGAACAUAUCUGGUUUGAGACCAAUGUCUCUGGGGACUUCUGCUAUGUUGGAGAACAGAACUGUAUGGCAAAGCUGCUGCAAAAACCUCUCUCCAGGCGUAAGUGUGCAGCCUGCAAGAUCAUAGUGCACACACCCUGCAUCGAACAGCUGGAGAAAAUAAAUUUCCGCUGCAAACCUUCCUUCAGAGAGUCAGGAUCCCGGAAUGUACGGGAGCCCACAGUUGUCCGACAUCAUUGGGUACACCGGAGGCGGCAGGAAGGGAAAUGCCGUCAGUGUGGCAAGGGUUUCCAGCAGAAGUUUGCCUUCCACAGUAAAGAGAUCGUAGCCAUCAGCUGUUCCUGGUGCAAGCAAGCGUAUCACAGCAAAGUGUCGUGUUUCAUGCUGCAACACAUUGAAGAGCCCUGCUCUCUGGGGGCUCAUGCUGCUGUUGUUGUUCCUCCCACCUGGAUUCUGCGGGUCAGACGGCCCCAGAAUCCACUGAAAUCUAGUAAGAAGAAGAAGAGGACAUCGUUCAAGAGGAAAUCCAGCAAAAAGGGGGCUGAGGAAGGAAAGUGGAAACCCUUUGUCAUCAAGCCUAUGCCAGCUCCUCUGAUGAAACCCUUGCUGGUGUUCGUGAACCCCAAGAGUGGUGGGAAUCAGGGAACCAAGAUCAUCCAGUCCUUCAUGUGGUAUCUCAACCCACGGCAAGUUUUUGAUCUCAGCCAGGGUGGACCCAAGGAGGCGCUGGAGCUGUACCGCAAGGUCCACAACCUCCGGAUCCUGGCGUGUGGGGGAGAUGGCACAGUGGGCUGGAUACUCUCAAUUCUGGACCAGUUAUGCCUCAACCCACCUCCUCCUGUAGCUAUCCUUCCUUUGGGGACAGGGAACGAUUUGGCCAGGACACUGAACUGGGGUGGGGGUUACACAGAUGAGCCUCUAUCCAAGAUCCUGUCACACGUGGAAGAUGGGAACAUUGUGCAGCUUGAUCGCUGGAAUCUCCACGUGGAGCCAAACCCUGAUGCAAACCCUGAGGAAAAGGAUGAGGCAGCUGCUGACAAGCUUCCCUUGGAUGUCUUUAAUAACUACUUCAGCCUUGGCUUUGAUGCACGAGUGACGCUGGAGUUCCAUGAAUCCCGAGAGGCCAACCCAGAGAAGUUCAACAGUCGGUUUCGGAAUAAAAUGUUCUAUGCUGGGACAGCUUUCUCCGACUUCCUCGCGGGGAGCUCCAGAGACCUGGCAAAGCACAUCAAGUUGGUUUGUGAUGGGAUAGACCUGACUUCCAAGAUCCAGGACCUGAAGCCCCAGUGCCUGGUCUUCCUGAACAUCCCCAGGUACUGUGCAGGUACCAUGCCCUGGGGUAACCCUGGGGAGCACCAUGACUUUGAGCCACAACGCCACGAUGAUGGCUGCAUUGAAGUUAUUGGCUUCACCAUGACAUCCCUGGCUGCCUUGCAGGUCGGUGGCCACGGGGAGAGGCUGUGCCAAUGCAGGCAGGUGGUUCUCACCACAUCCAAGGCCAUCCCCAUGCAGGUGGAUGGAGAGCCCUGCAAGCUGGCAGCUUCCUGCAUCUACAUCUCCCUGCGCAACCAAGCCAACAUGGUGCAGAAGACCAAGCGUCGCAACUCCAUGCCUCUGCUCAACGACCAGCAGCCGGUGCCCGAGCGGCUGCGGAUCCAGGUGAGCCGAAUCAGCAUGCGUGACUAUGAGGCUCUGCACUAUGACAAGGAGAAGCUCAAGGAAGCCUCCGUGCCACUGGGGAUAAUUGUGGUUCCAGGAGACAGUGACUUGGAGUUGUGCCGGACUCAAAUUGAGAGGCUGCAGGAGGAAGGAGAUGGAGCCAAACUGAAGACACUGUCAUCCCAGAAGCUGUCGCCCAAGUGGUGUUUUCUGGACUCAACCACAGCUGAUCGCUUCUACAGGAUAGACCGUGCUCAGGAGCACCUCAACUAUGUGACUGAGAUCUCUCAGGAUGAGCUCUAUGUGCUGGACCCAGAGCUGGUGAUCACCCAAACUGUGGGCACCUCUCCUGCCAUGCCUGAUCUCGUCGACUUGUCUGCCACACCCACUAAGCAGCAUUUUGCAUUCCCCUCCUCCUCUCCACCCUCCUCUCCUGCCCCAAGUGCUGAACCUGAGCACUGCCUCCCAUACAAAGAUGACCCUCUGAUAGAAGCUGCUAAGAGUGGCAACUUCAGCAAGUUCCAAGAGCUGCACCGGGCUGGAAGAGACUUGAUGGUGAGAGACUCUUCAGGCCAAACUGUCCUCCACCAUGCUGUCAAAUCAGGGAGCAAGGACAUUGUCAAAUACAUCAUCGAGAAUGCCCCUUCAGAAAUCCUUGAUGCUACAGAGCAGGAGAAUGGUGAAACCAGCUUGCACCUGGCUGCAGCCUUACGCCAGCGCACUAUCUGCCACUACAUCGUGGAGGCUGGGGCUUCGCUCAUGAAGACAGACCUGCAGGGAGACACCCCCAAGCACCGGGCUGAGAAAGCCAGUGACCCUGACUUAGCUGCCUACCUCGAGAACCGACAGCACUACCAGAUGAUCCAGAGGGAGGACCAGGAGACUGCUGUGUAGUGCUCAGCUUGCCUUAGCCUAAGCCAGCUUGGGAAGGAUGAGAAGAGGACAAUGGCAACUGAAAGAGCUGUGAAUCUAGCCCAGCCCUCCCUAUAUGUCAACCUGGUCCCUGGAGGAGAUGGAGACAGCAGAGCUCUGCCCCAGGCUGGGCUGGGACUCAGUUUAUGAGGACAGUGGGUAUUUGGAAAUUGAAGCCUGGCUCUUUGUGUUGUCCCCCACUUCACCCCUCAUCCACCAUGUUCCCUGCCCUGAAUGGGCUCCUUCCUGCAGCCCUGUUGGAUAGGCCAGGCUGAAGCCCCAGGUCGCCCUUGUGCACGGUAGUGAUGCCAGUGCCCCUUGUGCAGGCUGCUACCUAUGAUCCUUGUGGGAUGUUGUUGCUUGACCUGUCUCCCUGCCAGCAGUGCCCCUUCUUUAGAUGCUUGGCUAGGUUUUUGUUUGGCUAGGUCCUGUUCCUCCUCCUGUCUGGCACAGCCAUGGGAUGUGGAGGCAGACAGCAGAGGCCCUGAGCCUCAGACUUUGCCCCAGGGGAAGCAUCAUGACUUACUGCCUCUGCCUUCUGCUCCCUCCUGUUGGUCUGAGGCUGCCCCAAGUCUCCAUGUUUCCCUACAAGGGCAUUCUUCCCUCCUGGUUGCCUUCAGUGCUCAGCCAGUUGGCAGUCUAGCCCAGAGCAGAUAUGGCACAGAGGAAGGCUACUGAGCCCUCCCACCAUCCUUCCCCCCAUAGGGCUGGGUGGGGCAGCCUGCACACCUAGUGUCUGCUGGACAUCCCUUUAUUAGACUGCUGCAUCAUGUAGCCAUGGUGAAGAGCUGGACUUUGCCAGGGCAGUGGCAGUGAUGGAGCCUAUUUCCCAAAUGCUGACUUGGCUGCCCUCCCUGCUUCAGCUCCCACCCACAAUAUUGCACUGGGCUGGAGGGGCAGUGUUGGGGUCAGUGCUGCUCUCAGGGAUUACCCCCAUGUCCCUCAACAUGCACCCUCUGAGUCUAACUCCUGCCAUCCCCCAAACUGGGCACAGGGGUUUGCAAAGAAAACCUAGGAGCUUGCCUAGACCAGACACAAGUUCCCUGAGCAGGCCACCAGCUUGCCCUGUCUGGUUUUAGCAGAAAGUGGGAUUUGGAUGCAUAGGAAGCAUCAGGGCUCCCAGCUCCACACACACCUGCAAUGGGGUGGCGUUUCACCUACCACCUGCCAUGGGGCACCACAGCACAUCUACCCAGUGGGUACUGAGCAUCUGCAGAGACAUUGAGCCAGCUCUUCAGCAAGGCUUUUAUAGCACCUACAAUCUUCUGGGACUGGGAAGUGCCAACAGAGGAAAGCUGAUGACUCCAGGCCUUGCAGAUCUGCUUGGCACCUUCAGGUGGGUAGGAGCUGGGCAGCGGGUUGCUGCUCACAGCUGGAGUCCUGGGAGAGGGUUCUGCUGCUGCAUGGGCUCUGCAGUCCCACCUGCAUGCACACCUAGCUGCACCCGCUGGAUACUGCUGGUUGGCACAAUUUGAAUCUCUCUUAAUACCAAUGAAAGGGUAUGUGGAUACCACAGAGAGCUAGGCUACUAUUUAGGCUUUUUGGCUGGAGGGCAGAGGUCAGUUGGAGGAUGGGGUUUGCUGUUGUGGGGAGCAGAAGCACAGGGCAAUGCAGAGUGACCAGGGCCAGCAGCAGUAUUGGCCAUGAAUAGCAAUAGAGUCCUGACACAUUCAGAGCUGGGAUGCUUCAGCAGCACCCACACUUCCCAUCAGCACUGCUUGCUGGCCACCAACAGACAAGGCACUGUUUUAUUCUCAAAGAAGAGGUGCAAACCCCUGCCAGGACAUCCAGCCCAGAGGCAUUUACAGCCAUAGCUUCCCCCUUUCUCCCCGUUUUUGUAUCUUCCCCUGUAGUUUUUGUACACACUGUCCACCUCCCUGCGUGGCCCCUCUGUGCAUGUGUGAGCUGAGUUGCUCUGCAAUUCCAAGCCUGGCUUGAAUUUCAGUGAAGGCAGAGGGGGUGUUGGUCACCCUGCCCCCAGAGGACAGAGGUUCUGUGCAAUACCUGGGUCUGUGUUUCUGAGACACUGUCAUAGGACUGUAUUUUUGUAAUUGAGGGUGCUGGCUCCAGCAGGCCAAGAGCCUGGCAUGAGCCUGCAUUCCCAUCACUUUUCAACUUGGACCGUUUGGAUGUUGUUGUUCCUUGCCAUUGAAAUAAAGAGAUGGAUGUUUUA